AUGAUUAUCAUUUAUAUUUAUUUCUUGAAUUCUUUAGUGUUUGGUUUACCAAAUGAACGUUAAAGGAAAGUGAUAGAAGAUUUAAAGAGAGAGGAUACCUUAUUUGAUUUUCAUCCUAAUGAAAAAUUAAACAAUAAAAUGAAAAUUGGACCUUAUCCAUAAGAUUAGAUUGAUUGUAAAUAAGUUUCUAUUUGCAAAAAUUGUAAAUCAAAUGAGGCAUAUUUGAUCACAACUAAAAAUGCCCAUCUUAUUGGAUUACAUUUUGGUUAUAAGUAGGAAAUAUUAGAUCUAGUUCAAUCAUUAAAAUUUUUAGAUUAGAAUAUAGAAUUUUGGUUUGCAUUUUCUGAAAAAUAAAUUUGUAUAGAGAAAAGUUAAAUUGAAAUGGAUGUAAUAGAAUAAAUUAUAUUAGAUAUAACUAUCUUCUAUAUAGAAAUAAUAUCAUAUUCCUAAAAACAACAAUAGUGUUUUUCCUCAUUUAUUUUCUAUUGAAGAUAAUAUCAAAUUAAAUAAUAUUUAGAUGAUUGCUAAAUUUAAUAAAAAAGAUUGGAAUUAUGAAAUUCUGUCUUUAAAUUAUUUAGGAGAGUGUAUAUCUGAUUUUUUUGUUUGUGAAUAAUUUUAUGAAGCUGAGAAUGUAAUAUAAAUAAUUAUUUAAUAGAAUUAAAUGAGAAUGAAAGGUAAGUUAAAAUCUUAAGAUAAAAUAACAUUUGAAAUAACAGGAAGUUAAAAUAAAAAAUAAUUAAUAAUUGAAGAAAUAGAGUUGCCAAAUUUAUUUUUUGAUUAAUUAAUAAAAUAGUUUUUUGGAGAGAGAUUUAUUGAAUAGAUUGAAUAUGAUAUGAAUCAGUAAUAUAAAAUUGAGAUAAGUGAGUUUUAUAUCAAUAAUAAUCUUGAAUUAGAAUUAGAAUUAAAAAUAGAAGAUCAUUGA